CAAAAUUAAAACUAAGUACCAAUACGAUAAUGUAUCUUGGUAUUACUCAUCAACAAUAGUAAAAAGAAGUAUUUGAAUUUUACAUUAACAGUUACUUUCAGCCAUUUUUAUCUGUUGUAAAGAUAACAGGUUUGCCAAUCUUCAAGUGCCUGACAAAUCUUCUUGGUGACAAAUCAAUAUAAACUCGGUUUCCUUCGGUUUUAAUCUUAUUGAAGGUUUUUAAGUGUUAGUAUUACAGGUAGAGGGUCGUAGAGUUUUAUUCCAAGAAGCGACAAAUUUCUUAGACAAGAAAUCCUUUUCUAGUGAAUCUAAAUCAUUUUUAGCCUACCUACUAAUCAAAAACUGUUUCAUACACUAUUUGUAGGAUAUAUUUGAAUCACCGAAUAAGAGUGGCCAAUUUACCAUGGACAUUUUGGACGUCGUCAUUCAAACCUGCAUUCCUCCAGAAUGGCAGGGUGUUAAUUCAUCAAAUGUAACUCGCCAAGAUUAUGUCAGCAACAGAUACAGGCUUUUUGAGUUACCGACGCACAGCACGGAAUAUUCAAGAGAAAUGGAGGUAUUUAGGGAAGGGGAUUUGUAUGGCCGAGUAACAAAAGUUCAACGAGUCCAAAAUCCGUUCCAAUUGGGACGAUUACUUCUGCGUCAGGAACAAAAGAAGAAUAGGGACGAGAUUGUUAAUGAGGUGAAAUAUUAUCAUCCAUUGACAGAUGAAACACAACUUCAGACAGCAUUAGAAUACAACAUGGACGUCAGAAGAUACGGAAACAAAGAUUAUAGACAAGGGGAUAGAGAUCCAAGGUUCUACAGAACCCCAAAAGAAGCCUUUGACUCAAUAACUACAUGUCAGUAUAUCCUCGUGUGCGUUGUACUGAGCACUGGCGAAUAUGAAAGUUUUACCAGGCAAAACGACACAGAGUAUAUGCCAGUGUAUGUCAUAAAAUUGGUUUGAAGAGAUAAUAAACAUUUACAAAAUUUCAUGAAAAAUUGUUAUAUUUGCAUUGUAGUUUACAUUUUUAAAGCUA